AUGAAAACUCCUAGUCCUAGUCAAGGCCUGGUUGACGCAGGUGAGAGAGGGACUCAGCAAGGUGCCUUUUCUCUCUGUCACACUCGACAGGGUGUGCUGCUCUAUGGCCCACCGGGCACCGGCAAGACCCUGACAGCACGAGCAGUCGCGAACCGCACCGACGCGUGCUUCAUUUGCGUCAUCGGAUCCGAGUUGGUGCAGCGCUACGUGGGCGAGGGCGCACGCAUGGUGCGCGAGCUCUUCCAGCUGGCGAGGACCAAGAAGGCUUGCAUCCUCUUCAUCGAUGAGGUGGAUGCCAUUGGCGGUACCCGUGGCGGUGAUGAGGGCAACAGCGAUAGUGAGGUGCAGCGGACCAUGUUGGAGAUUGUCAAUCAGUUGGAUGGCUUCGACUCGCGCGGCAACGUCAAGGUUCUCAUGGCCACCAAUCGACCCGACACGUUGGAUCCUGCGCUGCUGAGACCGGGGCGUUUGGACCGGAAGAUCGAAUUUGGACUUCCGGACUUGGAAGGCCGCACACAUAUCUUCAAGAUCCAUGCCAAGACUAUGGCAAUUGAUCGUGAUGUCCGUUUCGAGCUCCUGGCGCGACUCUGUCCCAACACCACAGGAGCUGAGUGCCGCAGCGUGUGCACGGAAGCGGGGAUGUACGCGAUCCGGGCGCGCCGGAAGAGCAUCUCUGAGAAGGACCUCAUCGAUGCCAUCAAUAAGGUCAUCAAAGGCUACUCGAAGUUCUCGGCCACGCCAAAGUACAUGGUCUACAACUGA